UUCCAGCGCUACAAGCCGGCUGGCCUUUUAGACAUCAUCAGGAGGACAGGACUUGUUCACUGUAGUUUGCUUUGUUGUAUUGGUAAAUUGUGCAUAAAGGAGUAACAAAUCAUGUCUAAAGUUUAUAAAUUCUUCAAUUGCCGUGUGAUGCGGAAUGGUGCUUUGGUCAAGGAUGAUCUUUGGGUCAGAGAUGGUAAAAUAGUUGAUCCAAGGGAAGUAUUUUGGUUUGAGAAGACAGAGCCUGAUGUACUUUUGGACUGUACUGGRAUGAUAAUAGCACCUGGAUUUAUAGAUGUUCAACUUAAUGGUGGUUUUGGAGUAGAUUUCUCAACACCUUCAGAUGACAUACAUAGUGGUUUGAUGAAGGUUGCAAAGGGUGUAUUAAAACAUGGAUGUACGUCAUUCUGUCCUACAAUUAUCACCUCUGAAACAGAAAUGUAUCAAAAGAUUGUACCAAAAAUCAAAAGGACUCCUGGAGGGGAACAUGGAGCAAGCAUUCUUGGUCUUCACCUAGAGGGCCCAUUCAUCAAUCCAUURAAGAAAGGCGCCCACAAGGAAGCACUGAUCAAAAAUCUGGAAAACUUCACRAUCAAAGACAUUGAACAGUUUUAUGGGUCYCUUAAUGAUGUUAGUAUCAUCACUCUUGCACCAGAAAAGGCAGGAGAUAUGAAGAUUAUACGAAAAAUUGUUAAAAGAAAGGUGGUGGUAUCAGUAGGGCAUACAACAGCAGACAUUGCACAAGGAGAACAAGCUGCCAGAAAUGGAGCAACCUUUAUUACACAUCUUUUCAAUGCUAUGCUUCCGUUUCACCAUCGAGACCCAGGUGUUGUAGGUCUUCUAACAAGUGAUGACAUCCCUACACCAAUAUUCUAUGGAUUGAUAGCAGAUGGUAUUCAUACUCAUCCCUCAGCUACCAGGAUUGCUUAUCGAUCACACCCUGAGGGUUUAGUGCUUGUAACUGAUGCAAUUAUAGCCCUUGGUUUAAAGCCAGGAAUCCAUCAAUUUGGUCCUGUAACAAUUGAAAAGAAAGGCGAAGAAAAGGCGACAAUAGCAGGAACAGAGACACUAGCUGGAAGCGUCGCUUCAAUGGACUUUUGUGUCAGGAAAUUCAAGGAAAUGUCAGGCUGUAGUGUUGUUGAAGCUCUUGAAUGUGCUACACUACAUCCUGCUCAACUUCUAAACAUCCAGCACCAAAAAGGAACGACUAAUUUUGGAGCUGAUGCCGACUUAAUUCUCCUCGAUGACAAUUUGAACGUCCAGGCAACAUUGAUCGCUGGUAUUCCUGUKUGGAUCAAGAAAGGAGGUUUUGCUUGUCGUUUGCUGAAGUCGAAGUUCGGUCUUACAAAUGAUAUUUAUGGCUAAUACUUUAGGGAUGCGGAAACUGAGAUUUCUCUCAGAGGAAAGCUGCACAAAUGUGCGGUUAAUAACUAAAUUGGGAUAUACAGUGAAAAUUUUUCUUAUAAAAGCCUCUGUAUUACGGACAACUCUCAUAGUAUAUUACGGACUACCUUGAUUUUAAAAUAUAUAACAGACAUCUCGAUAUAUUACGCCUGGAACAACUUUAUUUUACGGACACCUCGAUAUUACGAACAUCGAUCUCUAUUUUACGGACGCCUAAAUAUUACAAACACCUAUAUGUAAAGUUACGAGCUGGCACUUGUGGUCAUUAGACCUCGAUAUACGAACGGUUAUAUAUUAUGAACACCUCGACAUUACGGACACCUCUAUAUUACGGACACCAGUAGACUCCAUCUUUAUGCGGCCUCGUGGGUGUUCGUAAUUCAAAAUAUUUACUGUAUUCAAUUUUAUGAUAGUGUUUCAAAAGUUGAUAAUCUAAAAUUUCCCUAAUUAUGAAUUUACUAACAGAGAAUUCCUAAAGAAAAAUCUAAACAAAUAACUGCAGAGAUGAAUACAAUCUUUGAUAUUAAAAAUUAAAUUAAUAUUUGUAAUUUAAAGCAUUUUUUCUUACAAAAAGUAAUCUUUUGUUAAAUAUUUGAUAGAUGUUU